AUGCACAAGAGAGUUGGGUACGCGGAGCUCGUGAGUAGCAAGCUGCGCAGCGAUAAGCUGUUGGCUCGACGGGAUGCCGCGAGGCUUGCCAAGCUCAGGGCGUUUCUUGGCCAGCACCAGCACGCUUCUCAGUGGGCGGCGUGUGUUGCAGCCCUCACAGAUGCCGCGCGUCAAAAUCUUGUUCCAAGCAGCGAGAUGUUGUGUGACGCGAUCCGGCGCUGCGGCCUUCGGGGAAGGCUGGACGUCGCGCGGAACCUCUACACCGAUUUUCACCGGGAAAUCCACAAGCCGCGUUCGCUGCAGGUGCACGUGGCCUUCAUGGCCGCUUGUGCGGAAUGCGGGAAUUUCGGUGAGGCCCACGAUCAGUUUGUGCGGCUGUGGAAGCGGGACGCGGCGCUCCUGACGAGCAACGCGAAGCACGUGCCGGUUGUUAGCGUGGAUCUCACAACUGAGUACCUCCGCGCCGCGUUAGCGGCGUCCCGGCGCCGUCGUGGGAACCGCCGCCCCAACGGCCCUGGCGACGGGAACCCGGCGACGGCGCCGGGCGGGGACAUGAAAAACGAUGCCGCGCCACCGUGGGAGGUGGCGCUGGGGGAGUUUUUUGCGCUGCAGCGGGACCAUGCGUGGUUUUCGCGGCACAAUGCUUUGACGCCCGUUAUGGUGGAGCUUUUGGCCCGCCUGUGGGAGGUUGGCGGCGCGUGGGAGCCGUGCCUGCGCUUUCUCCACCGCUGCGGCCAGCAGAACGUCCUCAUACCGCCCGAGGCACACGACGCGGCAAUUCGUGUGUGCUACCGACACGGGAAGUACGCCCAGGUGGUGGGGGAGAUGCAGCAGAUGAUUGCCACCCGCUCCCCGCCGGAUGAGCGCAGCGUCCGCCUGGCGCUCGUUGCCUGCGAAGAGUGCGUCGCGACGGAGAGAGCCGAUCCCAAGCGGCAGCCCAGCGGGUGGGUCAUCGCUGUCUCCCUCUUCGAUGCGAUGAGAAAGAACGGGGUGACGAUGUACCAGCAGGACUACGAAUCCCCGCUACGCUCCUGUGCCAUGGCCGGACGGUGGGAGGAAGCCAUACGGAUCCUCGACGUUAUGCGGAAGGAAAAUCGACCGAUAUCCGCGCAGCUGUAUCGAUUGGCGCUUGCGGCUCGUAUUGAGGCAUGCGCCUCCUUUGCAGAGGCCCAGCGAUUUGCGCAGAUGCCAGUCAUGCAGAACUGUGGAAUAAUCGUAUACCUUGCCCUUUUGCGUUGCUGCAUGCGGCGGCGGGAUUGGAAGAACUUUGAUCACCUUAACAAAGAAAUGCGCGAGCGCGAGUGCCCCGAGACGUUUGACAAGAUGCGCCUACUUAUUGAGGCUGCGUACCUGCGCGAGCAGUGGCAUGCCGUCCUUAUGCGUUUUGCUCGUUUUGAGAGCAUCUCGCGCUACGAGGAGAAGCGCGUGCUGGAGGACAAAGUGGUUCGACCCUACCCUGAGGACUUUGACCUGCCGGAGUCCAUCCUCGAGAUGGUCCUGGCGGCGUACGAGCGCGUGAAGGGCCACAAAGAUCCCGUGGUCGACACGGCGUACCGGGCGGCACUCAAGCGGAAGGCUAAAGGCACGGAGCAGCUCAUAUUUUCGUCGGAUGGAACGGUGAAGAGUCCGCCGCAGGAUUGGAUGUUCUCGCAGGAGGAGCGGGAUAAAAAAAUGUCCCCGGUGUUUUUUUAA